AUGGAUUUCUCUGCCUCCAUGAGUCCACUGGAAGUGGAUUGCCUGGUGAUCGACUCACCAGAGAUAUUCACCAAUGAUUUGUUAGACCACAUGCCAUUGUUAGAGAUUAAGAAAGGAAAAGCAAAAGAGAAUAGAAAAGUUGGUCAAAAGUCAAAGAAAAGCCCUCCAAAUAGAAGGAAUGAAGCGGAUCCGGUGAAGUGUGUAAAUCUUUCCCCACCGGAGAAUGUGUUGUACAUGGAUGAGGAAGCCAUUUUCGACAUGCCGGGAUUGCUUGCCAGCAGGGCAGAGAGGCUGCUGCUUUCUCCACCUCCAUAUGUCCCAUGGGAUGACGUGGAAGGAGGUGAUGACGUGUCUCUAUGGAGCUACUCAAUUUGA